CCGCCUCUUCUACAUCGACGAGAUCGGACUGUCUUACCCUGCUCAUUGGAGGCUCGAAGAGCGGACACGGUACGAGCAGCUCCUUCGAAGGGUGAUGCCUGCAGUUUCAACCUUGAUCUCAGAGUCUAUCAAGCCGGACGUCGCAAUCAACUUCCAUGUUGAAAGCCUAGCAUCGGCGCACAUGUUGUUUUGGUCUCGACAGAUGAUUAUCGAUAUUAUCCCACCGCCACUCACUUCGAUGCUUCUUGUCUUUCUAGACUUUGGGGGCUACACCAUGCUGAGCUUUCCAUAGUACUUAAUUCGCUUAGACAUGUCGUCAUAGAGCUGAUCAUCUGCAGAAUGGAUGUAUGUUCCAUGUACAGAAAAGUGACGACGACCAGCUGAGCUACCACAGAGUCGGUGAAACCUUUUCGGCGUUUGGAGGUACCCAACGAUGGGAGCAGAAGGUCAGGAGUUUCUGCCGAUGGUACGUGUCGAAUAGUCAAAAGUCCGAGUUGCCACCACGUCAACGCGCAAAGCUCCUUGAGCAGUUCCACCGGGAAAUCAAGAGAUUUGAGACAGGUGAAAUCGAGCCGAUGCGUCUGACCGCCGACGACACUCGCAACAAUAUGCAAAAGUACACUGUAGAUAUUCCAAAGUCUCACGCCGAGCGCUUUUUCUGGGAGGCUUUGAAACAGCCUAUACUACUCGCUGAGAAGAAGAUAGCUGAAGCGGCGUCCCUGGGCUCGCAGGUGAAGAUUAUUCUGUCCGGGGGUAGUGGGAAGAAUUCCGUUGUGCAAGCCUGGCUACAAACGAAAUGCAGAAGCCACGGGAUCCCAGAUCCGUGCUGCCUGUAUGAAAAUCUCGGGAAGGAAGACUCAUGGAACAUAUCCAAGGGGGCAGCGAUAGCAACCGCAAACAGAAUGUCUGUACGGAAAGCCAUGGCGCAAGGGGCGGCGUAUGGCUUCCAGCGGGGGGGCUAUGCACCAAAACAUGCAUGGGAAGAAGAGGUCGAAGUUUCCCUGGACUCGCUGAGAUCGCGUCCGUGGAAAAGGUGGUGCAAUGGCGAAGCUAGAGUCAAGAUUAUCUGCGAUCCUUUCCUACAGAAGAGAAAAUCGCAUCUAAGCUUCUCAUCUUGCUGCGAUAUCAUCGAACUUCCUCAACCACCUAAAGGUUAUUGGCAGUUCACACUUCGAGUUGUAGCCGAAGGCGAUGAUUUACGUCUCGUCGUUGCAAGGGAUUACAUGGGACACACGGGAAAAAAGAUCUACCGUCAGGCCCCAGCUCUAAAUUUGCCACUCUACUACGACCCGUCUUACUGCUGCUGUCUUAUCAAGACAGAUGCAGAUGAUGAAGGUUGUGGUCUCUUGGUCACAGAAUCAGGGGAAAUCAUGGCAUGUCCGAGAGAGCCCAUACUCGAAUCAUCGAUUCCACGCGAGACUGUGAGCAGUCGGAAGCGAAAGAGGACGACAUCGCAGAACGACAAGAACAUUGCAGCCAGGUGCGAGGCAUCCGACCAACUUCAAAGGCUCAAACCAUCAGGCCAUCUUCCAGAACUCAAAAGGGCCCGGAUGUCUCAUUAUCAGACGUCGGCGGACAAGCCGACCUCUGCUGAUGUCGUCGAAGACGCAAUAACUGUGGCAAACAGCAAAUUUGAGGAUGAGCCCAUUAUUUUAGUGCGGUCUGACAUCUUAGACGAUACGCCAUAUUCAUCGUCAGAGCGUCUAGUGGUAGACAAGCGUUUCUGGGGAAAGGGCUUCGUUGCGGACUCUGAGAAAUAUGGUCGAAAUCAUUUGUAGGAACCAGACAUCAGUCCUCUCCGAAUCAAUGUAAAGUAGUCAUCUAGAUUCA